GCCCAAUCCAAAGAAGCCCACCGGCCCACCUCACAACGGCCUGUUCCGCGCCCUAAGUUUGCUGCAACGCCGCCACCAAUUUGCAGCUCCAGCAAACGGCUCGUCGCCGUCGCGGACUCGCAGCCACUCCGGAGCGUUGCCUCACCUGUGUGCUCCUCGCCGGCCUCGACAACUCCCCGGAUUGUCAUAGUCGAGGCGGUUCUAGUCGCUGAUGGUGGCCAUGGCGAGGAAGGACGAGGAAGAGGGGCCCGCGGACCGCGUGCCGCACCUGCCGUGGAUGCGGUACCCCGUCGAUAUCGACACCUUCUCCGGCCGCCCCGUCACACAGCUACCCCGCCUCGACCCGAGACUGGUAGAGGCUUUGCAGAGAAUGGGAAUUGAAUCAUUUUUCCCAGUUCAAGAAGCAGCCUGGCUGGAAACAAUUGGUCCUGGCGCUUUUGAGAGGGAUAUCUGUAUCAACUCCCCAACUGGAUCUGGCAAAACUCUUGCUUAUGCCCUACCUAUUGUGCAAAUGCUCUGCACACGGAAAGUAAGGUGCUUGCGAGCUUUGGUUGUGCUUCCUACGCGGGAUCUGGCCUUGCAGGUUAAAGAGGUUUUUGAUGCUAUUGCUCCUGUGGUGGGCUUGUCAGUAGGUUCAGCCGUUGGUCAAUCAUCAAUAGCAGAUGAAGUUUCUAGUCUUGUCCAGAAGCCCAGACAGGAGUUUUACCCAACUAUUGACAAAGAAUACGUCCAAAUGGAACCACGGACUAAAAUUGAUAUAUUGGUGGCAACCCCUGGAAGACUCAUGGAUCACAUUAACAUGACAAAUGGUUUCAGUCUGGAGCAUCUUCAGUACCUGGUCAUUGAUGAGACAGAUAGAAUGUUAAGAGAGGCUUAUCAAUCCUGGUUGCCAACAGUGAUCCAACUUACCCACUCAAUUGGUCAAGAUCAUUCCUGUCAUGACAUUGAUGGGAAAACUCUACUUCAUCCAUUGACUACUAUUAGAAGAUCGGGUGUGGAGCGUGGGUUUAAAAGUAAAUGCUAUCCAAGAUUGGCGAAGAUAGUUUUGUCUGCUACACUGACUCAAGAUCCUAGCAAGCUAUCACAACUCGAAUUGCACCAUCCCUUGUUGUUGAAUAGUGGGAAGAAGCGCUAUAGAAUUCCUACAAAACUUGAAUCCUACAAACUGAUAUGUAAAUCAAACUUAAAACCACUCUCUCUCAUUGUUCUUCUCCAAGAACUGCAAGGGAAUAAGUGCUUAGUUUUUACCUCAUCAGUGGAAUCAAGCCACAGACUAAGCACUUUACUGCGUUUUUUCGAAAACUUACCCUUUAAAUUCAGUGAAUAUUCACGUUUGCAGCGUGAAUCUACUCGAAGGAAGACACUGGAGGCCUUCAAGGAAGGGAAAAUCGAUGUUCUAAUUGGCACGGAUAGAAUGGCUCGUGGAAUACAUAUUGAUGGUUUAAGAUAUGUUAUCAAUUAUGAUAUGCCACCAUAUGUGAAAACGUACAUACAUCGAGCAGGCCGGACUGCUAGGGCAGGGGAAUCUGGUUCCUGCUUCACCUUUUUAAGAAAACACGAGGUUAAAACUUUUGACAAAAUGCUCAAAAAGGCAGACAAUGCUGGCUGCAAUCUUCAUUCAUUGCCUGAAGAAUCAAUAGAAACACUUCGUCCAGCUUUCUCCGGUGCUCUGAGGAAACUGGAAGGAGCACUGGAAUCAGAAGCAGUGAAGAAAUAUGAUUUAGGAGAUAAAACGCCAGGUGCUUCUAAACGAAAGAGACCAAAUCAGUUGUGCAAGCAAUAGUGCUCUAGUUCUAACGUCUUGACAUUACAAUGUUGCACCUGCAUGUCUACAGAGUUACGAUGGUCCAUGAGCAUGGAAGAAACGUGAGGAGGCAAUUGAUUCCCAGUUCAAAUCAUGAACUAGAAUGGGGCAUGUUAAACCUACAAUUUGAAACCUUUAGGGCUGGUUCGAUGAUAAGGGAAUUAGAGGCGAUUGAGGGCUGAUUUGGUGACCAGAGAAUCGAAGGGAUCCAUAGGAGAGGAAUCCUCUUGCUAUUCAAACCAAGGAAAUCUCUUGCUAUUCAAUUCACUUGAAUUCCCUGCUCAUCAAACUAGCCCUUACUACUUUACGUUUGAGGGGAGUUCCUCCCUCGAAAGCUUUUGAAUUCACAGAUAUAAUGAGAAUGAGUCCAUGAAGUUGGUGUAGAAAUAUCUUCCAGUUGUGCGAGGAAAAUUUUACAACCAGCAUAACUGAUGAGAACUGAAAAAUAUCCAGCAUAUUUUCUUAUAUUUAUGUACUAGUCAGCACAGACAUGUUUAGCUAUUCAGAUUUUUGAGAAUGAAACCCUGAAGGAUCCUACCUAUUCAGAAGAUCUAAUGUUGAGUGCAGCAGCAGUAGUGGUUUCACAAGCAUGGUCGUCUACUGCUACUACUAAUACUUGUCUUCUUGGCUGCCAGCAUAUAUAGCUUGUCGAUUGAUUAUCUUACUGGUCCCAAGCUUUCUAAUACGGCCGUGGUUGAGUGCAGCAGCAGUAGGUUGUUCUCAGCCCCAACAACACUGCAGCCGGUUCGUGGUUCAUCAUGGAUACCCAAAGUAAAAAAAAAAGGUGUCUGCUUUAUGCUGUUCAAUGUGCUCUCCCAUCUCCAAACAGCUUUCGCGAUGCCUGCAGCAGGCCGAUCCAUUCUGAUGAAUGGCACAGUAAAUCUCUCGGCCUUGGACAGUUGGACCCUUAUCUUCCUGGUGUGGUGCUCAUCAUUCACUGUACAUUUUUGGCUGCAAGGAGGCCACCCAAAAGAAAAGUUGGCUUUACAUUCA